AUAACAUUCCACUUAUUUUCCUUUAAAAACUCUUUGGUUGCUUUCGCAGAAAGAUUCAGGUCAUUGUACACCUGCACUGUGAAGUACCAUGCAAUGAGUUGUGAAGUGUUUGGCUGAAUAUGAACAAAUAAUAUUGCCAGAAACACUGCUUCUUUUUUCAGCCGUCACAUAAUCAGAUUGUAUGUUUUAUGACCUUAUAUUUUAUAACUGUAAGUCAUAGGCUUGAUUGAAAAUAAUCAACAGGCAACAAAUGUACCUUUGUAAGCGAUUCUAUUUUACAGUGUAACUGUGAGGGACUUUGAUCUUGAGAGCAAUUAAAUACAAGCACAGGAUUAUGGUAAGUUUUAAAAAGACCCACCUCCCCUUUUCACUCUUAGUGCAGUAAUUUUUAUUUUUAAUUUUUAAAAUGGCUACCAACCAUACUUGAGAGCCCAAUAUCUUCUGUUAUGGCUGUGAUGACAAAUUUAGUGACAAAGUGUACAUUUUUGGGGUCAAGGAAUUUAAUAAAAUUGAUUUCAAGUUAAAAAAAUCAAAACAAAACAUUAUCCCCCAUGCCAUGACAGUUAAAGGUAAAACAUGCAAUUGUUCCUUUUUAUUUCCCACUACAACACAUAAGAGGCACGGUUAAUUGAAUGGUUCAGAUGUUAAUGUUUAGAGUGUGAGCCAAUGUAGUGAACUUGACACUCAUGCACUUUUUACUCAACUCAACUCAUUAUUUAUAUAGUGCUUUCAUAAUAGCUGCGGUGGUAACAUAGUGCUGUACACAUAAUAAUAAAAUCAUGGAUUCCUGCGUAAUUCCAGAACACAGAAAAUACUAGAGAGGCUGUGCCAGCCAGGGAGAAUUUUGUAUUUUAAUCACAAUUUACAAGAGCAAAUAGUUAAGUUUACAUAACAUUACAUACAGUACAUUCAUUAGGUUUACUUGUGCUUUACUUUUUCAGCAUUUAUGCAGAACUGUAAUUUUUGUUUUUACUUUUAUACUUUAUACACAAAGAAGUUAUUGUGCAAAAAAAAAAACCAUUCAAAUAUUUUAUUGCUCAAAAAUGUGAGGUGACCACAUGGGCAUGAAAUCUUUUAAAAACUGUCAACAGGGACUCUAUUUGUGUAUUUCUACUUACUGAAUCAUCAUAGUGUUUAAAUCAUCAUCCAAUCAAAUCGAAUCAAAAUUUAAAGAAUUGAAUCGUGAGGGUCUUCACUAUACACAGCGCUACUCUCAGUUUUUUGUUUCUCAAUCAAAACCACUUCUGCAGCUUUUGUGCCACACCAGUGAAAUUCUGAGUCAUCAGCUGAACUGUAUACUGACUAGUACCACUAAUAUCCCCUAUAAACACAGGCAGAUCCCUUAAUGGCUUCGGCACUUGGGUGCUCUCUACAGCUUUGGAGUAUGAUUGCAUUUAUUAUUAUUAUUUUUUUUAAAACAAUUGUUUCUCAGAAGAGAGGACGGAUGAUCCAAUUUCUUCGGUCUGUUGGGUGGACUGACAUAUAGGAAGCAUAAACUCCAGUCAUGGUCAACACAUUCCAUGAGUUAGAUACUAGUUACGAGCAAACUAGUUAUAAUUAAGUUAACCAGUGAGUAGCUAGCAAGUUCUAAUGAAGCCAACCAAUUACUAGCUGGUUAUAAUUAAGUUAAGUUACAAAGCUAGUUCUAAUAAAGCAAACUAGUUAUGGGCAAGCUAUUUAUAACAGCUGUUAUACAACAGCUUCUUCCCUCUUGCAAUCAACUUCUUAAACACCUAACCUACAAUUCCAUUACAACAUGCUGGCAAUUUUUUUGUCUUGAGUUUGUUGUCACAUUUCUGUCAGGCCAAUUAUAUUUUGCUUGUGCACUCACUGUAGUAGUCUCGCCAAACUGCACUAUUUGCAUAUCUGUUGUUGACCAAUACUUGCCACUCAUGCCAGAGUAUAAUCUGCUCCAUUUGCACACUGAUUGAGGAGUAUCUGCAACAUUUGCAAAAAUCAACAUUGUCCCAGAUUAUCGCACUACUCGCUUGAAGUCUCUGCGCCCUUUGCACAAUGGUCAUUGCUCCGGACUAUUGCAAUAUUAGUCAUUCUAAGUGGUAGAGGACUCUGCAUCUUUUUGCACAAUUGUAAAAAAAAAAAAAUUAUCGGCAUUACCAGAUAACUAGCAACCCUUUAUUGCUCAGUGACUUUUUUUUUGUCAAUGUCUUUAUGUCUCAAAAGUGUUCUCUGUCAAUUGACUGUCUGUUGUCGUACUAGAGCGGCCGCAUUUACCGGAGACAAAUUCCUUGUGUGUGUUUUGGACAUACUUGGCAAGUAAAGAUGAUUCUGAUUCAGAUAAUGAAAUUAACGGGUGUUGCGCUAGCUAGUUGUGGUGCUUACAUGUCACCUCUGACAACAGCACCUGCCACAGCUCUAACAGCCCCUGGUUACAAUGGGAUUUGUAGUCACGGGAACUUAUUGGCAAAGGCUACUCCUUACUGUUUGAAAUCUCAUGCUACUUUGGAUGACUGUGAUGUACAGCAGUAGCUGCACAUGCUUAAAUAGAACAUUUUCAAGGAAAAGAUAAGUAAAGCCAGUCUGAUGACACUUUUCUUUAUAUUAUAUUAUAUUUUUUAUAUAUAUAAAUGUUGCAUACCAAUUGCAAUAGUAAGGGGAAAACCUUUGGUUUAUAAAACUUGAGGCCUAUUUUAUUGGAUUCCUUGAACCACAAAAUGUACACUUUGAUACCACAUGUGUCAGUCUCGCGAAAACAGAAGCAAAAUACGGGCUCUAGGUUAUUUUCAGGAAAUUGUCUUUUUCCCAUUCAAAGUGUGAUCUCACUUGUGUCUUAUCGGAUAUAUUUGUUUGUAUGACCCCAAGGGGCAUUAUACCAAAGAGGACCUUGGCAUCAUGAAAGUCAAAGGCUUAUAUUUUGGGCAAAACCUCUCUACGAGAUUGGUAUUUUAAGUCUUUGUUUUCUUGUGUGUCUAUAAUUGCGAACAAAAUGUUGAUUUUUGUUUUAAUUAUUGUAAUUAUGAAAUAUUUGUUGUUGCGCAUGUACCAGGUGGGCUGCUCUCACACUUCUAUACAUGCACACACAUUGGUAGAGCAGGAGGUUGGUCCGGUUUGUCUACAUUUCUUCCUUGCGCAGAAUUAAAUGGAAAUCCCUACAUUGUUCUGUCACAGUCACACCCACCAGUCAUUUACAAGGCCAUUAACCUUGUUAUCUCAUAGUACUUUGGCCUUGCAUGUUCUCUCUGACUUAGAAAAAAAAAAAAAAGUUUAUUUUCGCUUGGAAUAGUUUUAAUUUGUUACUGCCUUUCGAGUUAUUUCCCCUAUUCACAUUGUCCAACAGUUGUUUUUGUGUGAUGUUCCAUCUUGGCACUGCUACUUGUCGGGAGACAAUGACCAAAUGAGCCAUCUGAAAAAUGUUUUUCGUCUCGCUACACUGAAACAGACUUGACAGCGGUGACAUCUUAGAGUCAAGAUUAAGUUUAAGCUAAACUUUUCUCUGCUUUUAUUGUCUCUAUAGCACAUUGCCUUAUCUUCCCAUCUGUAAACACAUGGGAGCACACGAGGGCCCCUUUCUCCCUCUGGGGUUAAUUUUUAAUUGCUUUCAGGAAGACAUACAAGUGAACUGCUAUUUAAACUGUGAUCUCAUUUGAUAGUCUCUUGAAUAGAACAGUCACUAAUCCUUUUUUUUUCUUGGCCCGCUGACCCUUUCAAUACUUUGAAUGUGUAGCACAGCUUCUCGAUCAUGUCUAUAUUUUGUACAUGGCUGUGGAGGUAUCGGAAUUAUAUUGUGAUAGUUCUCACACCUCUCCUACUGCUGCCUCUGCCUCUCGUCAUCCCCACCUCGGAGGCAAAAUGUGGCUUUGUGAUCAUACUAAUGGCGCUGUACUGGUGUACGGAGUGCAUCCCUCUGGCUGCAACGGCCCUGCUCCCUGUCAUUCUUUUCCCCAUGAUGAAGAUCAUGGAGUCAGAUGAGGUGUGCAUCCAGUACCUGAAAGACUCCAACAUGCUCUUCAUUGGUGGGUUGCUGGUGGCCAUCGCUGUGGAGCACUGGAACCUACACAAGAGAAUUGCCCUCCAGGUCCUGCUUUUUGUUGGUGUCAAACCUUCGCUCCUGAUGAUCGGCUUCAUGGGCACCACAGCCUUCUUGUCCAUGUGGAUUAGUAACACGGCAUCCACGGCCAUGAUGCUGCCCAUCGCCAACGCCGUGCUGCAGCAGCUCAGUGACUCGGAAGCCAACGCUGAAGGAAGAGCUCAUGAUCUCCAGGGUGCCAGGCACGGCAUGGAAAACCAGGGCUUUGAGAUGAAUGAUACUAAUGAAUGCAAGGAGGUUAAACAGAAGGACAGCAGCAGCAACAUGGAUCGAGAUAACGUGGAAGUGACAGACAAUGAUGUUUCAAAGGGUUGCGCUUGGAGUCCAGAGAUGGCGGAACAGCGUAGAAACAAGCGGGAGCAAAAGUACAUGAAGCUGACCAAAGGCAUGAGUCUGUGUGUGUGUUAUGCAGCAAGCAUCGGAGGGACAGCUACACUCACUGGAACCACACCCAAUGUCAUCCUGAAGGGCCAGAUUGAUAAACUUUUUCCGGAAAAUGGUGGCGUCAUCAAUUUUGCAAACUGGUUUGGCUUUGCAUUCCCCAACAUGAUUCUCAUGCUGGCCUUAGCUUGGUUGUGGUUACAGUUUAUGUUUCUGGGCCUCAAUUUCAAAAAGUCCUUUGGAUGGGGUGCAGAGAGCGCAGGUGACAAGGAGGCCUACCAGGUAAUCAAAGAGGAGUACAAAAGGUUGGGCAAGAUGAGCUUCGCUGAGGCCAGUGUGCUGGUUAUCUUCACGCUGCUGGUUCUUCUGUGGUUUACCAGGGAGCCUGGCUUCAUACCAGGCUGGGCCACUGUUCUCUUCAACCAAAAAAAAGCUUACGUCACAGAUGGGACCGUGGCUAUUUUAAUGUCAGCACUGUUCUUCUGCAUCCCCUCCAAAUUUCCCAAAUGUGGCAGGACAUCUGAGGACGGGGGCCCUGCUGAAGCUGCGCCUCCUCUUCUUACUUGGGAAAUUGUCCAUGAAAAGAUGCCUUGGAACAUCCUUUUACUCCUGGGAGGAGGAUUUGCUUUAGCCCACGGUAGUGAGGUGUCUGGGCUGUCCACGUGGUUAGGGGAAACUCUCAUACCACUGCAGAGCAUCCCUCCCUUUGCUAUCUCCAUCCUGCUGUGUCUGAUGGUGGCCAUGUUCACGGAAUGUUCCAGCAACACUGCUACCACCACCCUGUUUCUACCGAUACUCGGUGCCAUGGCCACCGCCAUUAAGCUCCACCCGCUGUACGUAAUGUUUCCCUGCACCAUCGCUGCGUCUCUGGCUUUCAUGCUGCCUGUGGCCACGCCCCCCAACGCCAUCGCCUUCUCCUACGGCAACCUUAAAGUCAUGGACAUGGCCAAAGCUGGGUUUAUCCUGAACUUCAUUGGAGUCCUGACCAUCAAUAUUGGCAUUAACACGUGGGGGGUGGCCAUGUUCGAUCUGAACUCCUUCCCCAGUUGGGCAAAUGUUACUAAAAAUCCUUGAAUUCAAUUUCAGGGGAAAACUGCACCAUCAAAUAGCGCUUUUUUCUUUGGAUCAUCAAAUUCUGCUCAAUUGAGCUUAUUGAACAUUUAGGCCAUUCACGGCCAAAUGGACAUGCUGCUGCAAACACUGGGACUAAUUUUUUAAAAUAUUUUCAAAUAAAUGAGCACAAUACAGUGGAGCAAAUCUCUAGUUAGUCAGGCCGAUUGGAACUUGAUGUUCCUGAAGUCACACACUAUAUAAAAUUAUAGUAUUUUAUCCACAACCACGCACAACCUUGCCGUGAUACAUUUUUGGGCCACUGCACAAUCCAAGAGCAUCCAAUGCAAGAGCUUUAUCAAAAAAAUCUACCUUUACAAAAAUAAUAAUGCUCAGUUUUGAUGACACUGUCAGAGAGAUAUUAAAAUUAGCAGUAUGCUUAAUAUUAUGGCUGUAGAACUGUAGCAGCUGUUGCUAAUAGUUUGUCUUAUUUUGUUAGAUUACACCAGGGUCAACUUUUCAAAACCGUUCCAAAUAUGAUGCACUGUACCUCUACAACAUGCCCACAAUAAAGAUUAUGAUGUUAACAGCUCUUUUAAAACUAUCAAUCAAAACUGAGCAAUUGUUAUUUCUGUAGAGGCAAAAUAUUUAAAUGAUUGGAUCUUAUUAGAGGUGUACCUAAUAGUGUUCAAACAGUGUACAUACAUGAUUUCUCACUCUACGGUUUUCCUAAUGUGCACAUUCAAUUGUACACACUAGAAAGGUCCAAAUUUUUUGGGUUUUCUUUUUUCAUUCAGCUGGAUAUUUUAAUAUUCUCCUAGGAAGCAAGUUAAGUGUUAUUGUUUGGCAUACUGAGGUUACAUGUGAGCUUAUAUGUUUCAUAUGAAUUGGGCCCUGACCUUGACCAUAUGGAAUAAUACAAACGAAAUGUGAUUUUUGAAA